CCUGGAGAACGUGGAACAGUUUUCUGCUUCUGCUGCUCUUCACUCGAUCGACCAUGUUGUUGAGUGCCGUGACAAAAGCAGCCGCUGGGGCAUUAAGGGCCGUGAAACCUGGCCUUUUACAAAAUGAAGUCGCCAAAGUAUCAGCAUCAUUAUCCGUAAACAGUCGCAACUAUGCAAAGGAAGUGAAAGGCGGUAAGGGUCGCGUCGUCGCCGUCAUCGGUGCUGUCGUCGACGUACAAUUCGACGAUGAACUUCCCCCCAUCCUCAAUGCCCUCGAGGUACCAAAUCGAACCCCGAGGUUAGUCCUCGAAGUCGCUCAGCACUUGGGAGAAAACACAGUGCGCACCAUUGCCAUGGACGGUACCGAGGGUUUGGUGCGAGGACAGGUCGUAACCGACUCCGGUUUUCCAAUUAGGAUUCCAGUUGGUGCCGAGACAUUGGGCCGCAUCAUCAACGUGAUUGGUGAGCCAAUUGACGAGCGCGGUCCCGUGCCAACCGACAAACUCGCCGCAAUUCACGCCGACGCGCCAGAAUUCGUCGAGAUGUCCGUCGAACAGGAGAUUCUCGUCACGGGAAUCAAGGUCGUCGAUCUCCUCGCUCCCUACGUCAAGGGAGGAAAAAUUGGUUUGUUCGGAGGUGCCGGAGUAGGAAAAACCGUAUUAAUUAUGGAAUUGAUCAACAACGUCGCCAAGGCCCAUGGUGGUUACUCGGUGUUCGCCGGCGUGGGAGAACGCACCCGCGAGGGUAACGAUCUCUACCAGGAGAUGAUCGAGUCCGGCGUCAUUUCGCUCAAGGACAAGACAUCCAAGGUGUCCCUCGUGUACGGACAAAUGAACGAGCCACCCGGCGCACGUGCCCGUGUCGCCCUGACCGGUCUCACCGUCGCCGAGUACUUCCGUGAUCAGGAGGGACAGGAUGUGUUGCUCUUCAUUGACAACAUUUUCAGAUUCACCCAGGCCGGUUCCGAGGUAUCGGCUCUGUUGGGACGUAUCCCAUCCGCCGUCGGUUACCAGCCGACCCUGGCCACUGACAUGGGUACCAUGCAGGAGAGAAUCACGACCACCACGAAGGGCUCAAUCACCUCUGUCCAGGCCAUUUACGUGCCAGCCGACGACUUGACUGAUCCCGCUCCGGCGACGACCUUCGCCCAUUUGGACGCCACCACUGUGUUGUCGCGUGCCAUCGCCGAAUUGGGUAUCUACCCCGCCGUCGAUCCCCUCGACUCCACAUCGCGUAUCAUGGACCCCAACAUCAUUGGAGCCGAGCACUACAACAUUGCUCGCGGCGUACAGAAAAUCCUCCAAGACUACAAAUCACUUCAGGACAUUAUCGCCAUCCUCGGUAUGGACGAGUUGUCCGAGGAAGACAAAUUGACCGUCUCACGCGCAAGGAAAAUCCAAAGGUUCCUUUCUCAGCCAUUCCAGGUCGCUGAAGUGUUCACAGGCCACGCCGGCAAGCUAGUACCACUUCAAGAAACAAUCAAGGGAUUCCAAAAGAUCCUGGGAGGUGAACUCGACCACCUUCCCGAAGUUGCUUUCUACAUGGUCGGACCUAUCGAAGAGGUCUCACAAAAAGCAGAAACGCUCGCCAAGCAGUAAAGAAAUUUUCAACAAAAAAAAAAAGAAGAAAUCAACCUCGAUCUUAAGUUCUAUUUUCGUUUUUUUUUCUUAUGAAAAAAUAGCGUUGCAUCAACUUUUCAUUAAGCAGAUUAUUAAAGUCUUCAUCUAAUUCAAUAAAAAUAUAUAUUAAAGAAAAAAGAAAGAAAGAUAGAAAAAAAAGAGAAAACCGUGGACGAAUCGGUUUUUUUUCCAGUAAAAAAUUUUAAAAGACAAAAAAAGCAGCAAACACGACACAACGAUUAAUAAAAAAGCAACAGAGAAGAAUUCUUUUUUUCUUGAUCAUUGCGUCGAAUUUUUAGAAGAGCACCGAGGUGAAAAAUAAGAUUCUCGCCAAGAACAAUGGAGAUGAAAAUAAGAGGGAUUUCUUUUGACAAUUUUUCUUUUUUAACUGAGUUAUUCAAUGGGGAAAAAAGAGAAAAAAGAGAAAAAAGAGAGAAAAAGAGAGAAAGAGAGAGAAAGAAAGAAAGAGAGAAAAUUUAAAAAUUGACAGAAGAAAUCGAUUUUAUGCCAAACUGUUUUUUGUCUCAACAGUUUCAAAGUUCUGGCUCAAAUAUCGCGUAAUUCAAUGAACGAUGUUAUUUUUGGGCAAUACUGCGAGGCGAUGUUAUGUAUUAGAAAAAAAGUAAUAAAAAUUUGCUAAAAAAAAAAAAA